AUGGAAAAUAGAUAUAAUAUAUUCAACGAUACACCUCGAGGAGAUCAUUGGAUAGGAGCCAGUCCGGGGAGGACUCGUUCUCAACGAUCAACCUCACCUUCACAAUCGGAAGCUACGAUACGUUCGCGACUGUUCACACCUGAGACAUAUAAUGACGAGAAACAACGCAAUAAGGAUGCCUAUACAACCGAGAAGAAAUUCCCUACUAAAGAUCUUUUAUACAAUAAAGAUACUAACAUAGACGUUAGUAAACUUCCACUUAUAUCAACCGAAGUGAUUGAAGUCUCCAAACAAAGAUCAUUGACUGUUUUGUUUUUUGUUCUAAUUCAGUGCUACAAAUUAUAUGAUUUGAUAUUAUUAAAAUCCAACCUACCUGUUACAGGCUUAUUGUUCAAGAACUCACGUUUUAACUUCGUUACUAAAUAUAUUGUUAUUGACUCGUUAUUUUUUUUCAUCUUGCCUAACUUCAAUAUUCCAAAGUUGACGUUUAGGAAAUGGAUUGUAUAUUUACAAGUAAUUAUAAUGGCCUCAAUAACAAUUUUCCUCUCCACAGAACAUGAAUUUAUCUUUAUCUCAUUAAUUAUUGCUAAUUGGAGGAAACUAUAUGCAAAGGAAUUGAGUGUGACAGGAUCCUCAGUGAACCACCAUCGGUUAAUAGAUUCAUCGACACAUUUUAAAGGUGCAUUAACUAUCAAGAUCCUACCUGAGAAUACGGCUAUGUUGAAUCCUUUACAUGAUUCUUUUUGUCUCCCUAUGGACACGUCAUUAAUGCCCAUCAGUUCUGUUAACGUGCCAAUUAGACUAAAUUCUACAUCGGAAAUCAAACUAAUUCAAUUGGAAUACAGAGAUUUAUACUCUAAUAUGAUUGAAUUGAGAAAUUUAACAAGAAAUGAUUUUGCUACCAUUGAUGAUCCCACAACACUAAUUUCCAAGGAUAAGAACUUACUAUUGUCUGAUUCUGAUAAAGGUACUACUAUUCGCUAUUUGAAUUUACCUUUAAAUGACAUUGGGUUUUAUCAAAUCAAAAAAAUUAUUGAUUCCAAGGGCUUAUCUUUAAAGAUAUUCAAGUCGCAUUUGAUUGUCCCACAUUGUCCAAUUGCAUCAGUUUCCGGUGAUACAAUCAAGGAUAAAUGUGUUGGUGAUUCUGAUGCUAUUAUUAUUGAAUUGCAAGGUGUUCCUCCAAUGACCCUGGAAUACUCGAAACUAAUUAAUGAUCAAAAGUCAACUUUCACAGAUUCUAACUUGCAACCUGAAUAUUUCCAUUCACCAUUGCAAGGAAAUACAAAGAAAUCUGUGUUUACCAACUCAGAAAUUUCUGAUCUACAAUGGGGACGUAGCCAUCCAGUUAAAAUUGAUCUAAAAUCCCUAAUUAAAGUGCAAGGACAAUAUACUUACAAAGUCGACAAAUUAAUCGAUAGUUUAGGAAAUGUGAUGGAUUUUUCGGCAUUAUCAGAGGAACUUUUGACCAAAUUUGAAGUUGCUUAUAAGUUUUAUUCUCAUGGAAUCCCAAAAGCAUCACUGAGGGAUGACUUUGAUGCCAAAUCUCCUACUAAGAGAUCCAUCAUUAUCGAUUUCGAAAAUUCGAAUGAUUGGAAGAACGAUAUUCCCUACGAAGCAGCUCUCGCCUUCACAAACUCCCAAGGUAAGAAGGAGGUCUUGAAGAACGUUAGCACAAAUUCCUUGUCUUAUAAGUUUGCAGCUGAAUUACCUGGUGCUUACCAUUUGGAAAACGUAAACUCUAAUUUCUGUCCAGGUGUUGUUGUUGGUAAGACAGAUGUUUUAGUAACAAAGCAGAUUCCACCAACCUUAGAAGUUAAGUCUUCCCCUAUCAUUGACCAAUGUGUGGGACAAGUCGGAUUAAACUUUGCAUUGAAUUUUAAUGGUGUUCCGCCAUAUUAUUAUGUGGCUAAGAUUUAUAAAAUUGAUUCAGAAAAUAAAAAGGAGAAAAAACUUUAUGACACUAAGAGGUUUACAUCCAACGGAGCAAGAAACCAGUAUAAUUUCAACCCGACUUCAGAAGGUGAUUAUGAAAUUGUUUUUGACCAAUUAUCUAACAAUUUAUUUAGAGAACCAAUAUCUUUGCAACCCUCCGAGGAUUACACAUUCAGAACAUCAAUGAGGGUGAAACCAAGUGCAUCCGUGAAGCUAAGAAAUCAAAUUGAGUUAUGUUUAGGUGAUCAAACUGAUAUCCCAAUUGUUUUUAAGGGAGAAGCACCAUUCACCCUAAGUUAUGAUAUCCUAGAAACGUCAUCUAACAGGAAAACUGAGUUUAAACUGGACAAUAUUAUGUCCAAUGAAUAUAAAAUUAAAACGUCUUCAUUCAAUGUCGGUGGAGAUUAUAUUUUAUCUCUAGUUUCAGUGAAAGAUGCUUCCGGUUGUUCAGUUGGUUUGAGUGAACCUGAUGCAAGGAUUAAAGUUAGAAGAGAUAUUCCAUCAGCAUCGUUUAAUUUAUUUGAAAAUGUAAAUGAAGUUGAAAUUAAACAAGGUUCUACUGCAGAAAUUCCAAUUAAGCUAGCUGGUGAAGGUCCAUUCUUGUUGUCCUAUGAACAUUUGGAUUUUGAUGGCAAUUUUAUCGGGAAGCAUGAAACAUCCUUUCCUUCAAACUAUAAACCUGUAUUACAAGUUCGUAAAGAAGGUCUAUAUAAGUUGACAGGAAUGAAAGAUUCGAGCUGUAAAGGUAGCAUACAAAGUGACGACAGUUAUUUCAAGGUUACGUUCUUAGGAAAGCCUUCAUUUGUUGUUCAAGAAAAUAAUAAGGUUAGUAAGUUGUCAAAAUUUACUUUCCAAAAAGAAGAAGUCUGUCAAGAUACUGAAACUGUAGUCGAUUUAGCACUAUCUGGAUCGCCACCUUUUAUACUAAAAUAUGAUAUUCUAUCUCCAAGCGGCGAAUUAUUUACCAACAAGAUCCAAGUUGCUACUAAAUAUGCUACUUUGAAAUUUCCUAACAUGGAACCAGGUGAAUACAUUGCUACUAUUAAGGGAUUGUAUGAUGCAAAUUACAACGAAGAAGAUAUGAAAACAACAAACUAUCUUGGAUUAGAUGUUAUUGUUAAACAAUAUGUACAUGCAUUGCCACAGGUUUUGUUCAAUGAACAAGGGAAGAUGUAUAGAGCGUGUUCAACCAAUACUGAUGAUAUAGCACUAUUGGAGCCAAUAGGAUUGAAUUUCCCACGUGGACAAGGCCCAUUUUCAUUGACAUUUAGUAUAUACCAUGAAAGUACGAGUAGGGCAGAUCAGGUAACAUUGGAUGAAGUCACAGAAAGUAAUUUCCCCUUCCAAAAGUUAUAUGAGAAUCUCAAAUUAGGAAACCAUCAAGUGGUACUCGAAAAAGUAGUCGAUUCAAACGGAUGUGUAAAUGAUCUAAUUGGUGCAGAAGGAAACCAGGUUUCCAUUUCAAUUACUGAUGCUCCAAAAAUGCACUUACUGGAACCAACCGCGGCUUAUUGUGUUGGUGAUUAUGUUACAUAUCAAUUGAAUGGGGUUGCACCAUUUACUAUAAGAUAUGAAUUCAAUGGAGUUCAAUUGAGAUCAAAAGAGCAUAGUUCUCAGUUUGUCAGAUUAGCUUCAGAAGCUGGUACAAUCAUGAUAAACUCAUUGCAAGAUUCGACAUCUCUAUGCAUGGUUAACUUUACGAAGUCGGGCAUGGAAACAGAGUUUCAAAAACUGCAACUAGAUAUCCAUCCUAUUCCAUCGGUUACCGUUUCACAAGGUGAUUAUCAAAUAGAGGAUAUUCAUGAAGGUGACCAAGCUGAGGUGGUAUUUAGCUUUGAAGGUACACCUCCAUUUUCUCUGACUUAUGUAAGAACCGAGGAUAAAGACGGCAAUGGUUCUAAGAAAAGAUCACGGGUGGUAGAAACCCAUAAGGUGACAGAUAUCUAUGACUAUGAGUAUAGAGUUGCUACAUCUCUCCAGGGGACUUACGAGGCAAUUGAAGUAUCAGAUGCUUUCUGUUUCGCCAAAAAUGAUGCAUUUUUCACCACUUAA